ACAGAACGCAGUGAGCUCCGCGAGCUCCGCGAGCUCCGGAUUGUCCUGGUUGGAAAGACCGGCGUUGGGAAAAGUGCCACUGCAAACACCAUCCUGGGAGAAAAAGUCUUCAAAUCACAUUUCUCGCCUUCAUCUGUAACCCGAGAGUCUGAAAAGAAAUCUAGGAUUAUUAAUGGAAGAAAAAUUUCAAUUAUUGACACUCCUGGUCUUUUUGACACAAGUUUGACUCAUGAAGAGCUAGAGAAAGAAAUUAAGUUGUGUAUUUCUUAUUCUGCUCCUGGUCCACAUGCCUUUCUUAUUGUUAUUAAAUUGGAAAGAUACACAGAAGAAAAUGCUAAAGCAAUAGAAUACAUAGAAAGAUUAUUUGGUAAAGAGGCAUUAAAUUAUGCCAUAGUGGUGUUCACUCAUGCAGAUCAACUAGAAGGCCAGGACAUUAAAACAUUUGUGCGCAGUAGUCCAGAAUUACGAGAAUUUGUCAAGAGAUGUAGAGGACAAUAUUUUGCGAUUGAUAAUAAGAAUAAGGAUUCAGAACAGGUUAUGCGGCUGCUGUAUAAUAUUGAUGAAAUGGUUCUUGAUAAUGGUGGAGAAUAUUACACUAAUGACAUGCUUCAGGAGGCAGAGAGAGCGAUUGAGGAAGAGAAACAACGGAUCCUGAAAGAGAAUGAAGAACAACGACAGAGGGAAUUAGAGGCUCUAAAGUACCAGUUUCAAGGGGAAGAACUAGAGAAAAUGCGAAAAGAAAUAGCAAAGAAUCAAGUGGAAAUGGCAAGAAUGCAAGCUGAGCAAAACAAUGGUUUCUUUCACAAUCUAGUAAAGAUGAUUAAAGAGAUCAUCAGUUCUUUUAAAUAA